AGCAGCAGCAGCAGCAGCAAUAAUGAAGGAGCUGGAGCACGGCCUGAAAAUGGAGUGUGACAUUCUGGACGCGCUCGAGGCUUUGGGGUACAAAGGCCCUCUUCUGGAUGAAGAUGCCCUUAAUAAAGCAGCAGAAGCUGGUCUAGCUUCUCAAGACUUCUGUGAACUUUGUGUUUGGCUAAGUUCCCAAAUACAGCCAUUGUGUAACCUGGAAGAAAGCAUCUCCUCAACGACUGGUGGUGAAGAUAUCGAAAGUUUACAGCUCGAGAUGAGUGGCUUUUUAAAAGAACUGGCUUGUCCAUAUUCUACGCUUGUAUCUGGGGAAAUUAAAGACCGAUUAAAAAAGAAAGACGAUUGUCUUAAAGUCCUAUUAUUUUUAAGUACAGAACUUCAAGCUUUGCAGAUAUCACAGUUCAAACAACAUAAAGGUUCUCAUUUGUCAAAGAAUAAUGAAAUCCAUCAAGAAAUCCAAAAAAUCUUUGAUGUCUUGGGUCUACCAAAGGCAUCUUCAUCUUCUGACAUUCCACUUUUGUUAAGUAAUAUAGAAUCAAAGCUUAAAGACGUUUUAUCAAAAAUUCCAAAUACAUAUGUGGGCAAACCUCUGCUAAAAACGCCUUUGAAUCCAGAUCAAAUGAACAGGCUGGACAAAAUCAAUGAAGCUCUUCUCAGUGAAUACGAAUGCCGCCGCCGUAUGUUAAUGAAACGCUUAGAUGUCACUGUACAGUCCUUUGGGUGGUCUGACAGAGCCAAGGUGAAAACAGAUGAUAUUGCAAGGAUUUAUCAACCCAAACGCUAUGGACUCUCUCCUAAAUCAACUAUUUCAUUAGCCCAUCUUCUAGCUGCUCGUGAAGACUUAUCAAAGAUUGUAAGAACGAGCAGUGGAUCUACACGAGAAACUUGUGCAAUCAAUAAGGUCUUGAUGGGAAGAGUACCGGAUCGUGGAGGCAGACCAACAGAAAUUGAUCCCCCACCGCCUGAAAUGCCCCCAUGGCAGAAGAGGCAGGAUGGUGGUGGUAGAGGGGGAGGAAGAGGGGGUUGGGGAGGGGGAGGAGGUAGGGGGGGAGGUAGAGGAGGUGGCGGUGGGGGCGGCUGGGGGGGAGGUGGUGGUGGUGGUGGUAGGGGUGGCGGGGGCAGCAGUCAUUGGAGGGGGGGUGGGGGUUUCCAAGGGCGUGGUGAUUACAGUGCGAGAGGUGGGUAUGGAGAGUCAUAUGGUGGAAGGGGAGGAGGCUACAGGAGAUAUUAAUACUGUUAAUAAUUUUAACUGACACACAACGUUUACUGGGAGCAGGAGCCCUAGAAUAAACUAUGGCUGACUCAACAUUGUAAUAUCUAAACUGUGUUGUCCUCCUUAUUGAUAAAUUACUAUUACUCAGUUCAAUAUAAACCAUUUUGCACAUGAUGGGUUUCUAACACAGAUAUGACUUUCAUUUAUGGAAUUGCAACAUAUGUGCAUUUGUCACUUGUUUUGAUUUAUAUGAGAUUGGAAGUCAUGAUAGGCGGAGAGUUCCUGUGGUGUGAAUAUGCAACAAAAUAGACAUGUAUUGAGCUUGUCACAUCUGUUAGUGAGCACACAGGGUAUGUACAGGUUUCUGUGCAGGUAAUAGCCAUGUAGAAAAUGUGACGUGUGAAAUGACCCUAAAUGUUUUGAUUAAGUGAAAAAUGUUACUUGUUAAAGAAGCAAUUAUUAUUUUUGAUACUGUCUAGAGCUUCUCGAUUUUUAAUGUAAUAACAAGCCAGAAAUAUGGAUCUUAAAAAUAGAUUUUUUUCCCGAGUGGUCAGGCCUCAAUGAUUGCCUCAUACAAAGAAGAACAUAAGCAUAAUAUGCUGAAAUUGGCCUCCAGUCUGAAAAUAUUUAUGGAAAAAGUAGAAAGGAGUAGUUUUGCUAGCUGGAAUGUAUGUUUUAAAUUAAAAAUAGAACCACUGCACCAGGUUUCCAUGAAAAUGCAGGAGGUGGCAGUCUGCACAAAUUGCAGUGAUGAUCAAGAUUCUGGUUAUGAGCCAAGCCAAAAAUUGUGGUUAUGUGCCUCUGCUGUGCCAGCUGGAUAGAGGCAAGAGCCUCGGCCCAAAAGCAAAGGACCUCCCACUCCAACCCUUUCCUGCAAGGAAGGCUGGAAGUGAGUAUUUGGGUUUCAGCUUGGCGAAAGGCCUCAGAGCCCCUUUGCUGAGUAAUUCUUCAUAAUUAAAGGAUCAUCCCAUACUGCAGCCCACCUCUCUCUCCUGCAGGAAAGGCAGGGAGUGUGUUGGCUUCAGCCAGUGCUUGGUGGUGGGGCUCUGGGCCCCUUGUCAAGUGGCAGCUAUAAGAGCAUCCCACCUCUUGGAAGAAGAAUCCCUGCCUCUUUUUCCUAACUACCCACCCCAGCUUUCGUCUCAAACCUGGGGAGGGGUUGUAGUUUUUUUUGAAGCUGUUGGGAUCUCCCUACGCAUCUCUGCAGCUCCAAAGUUGGGAGGAAGGCUUUUCAUUCAUUACAGUCACCAGAGGGCAGUGCCAUCCUCGCCAUAGCGAGUGUAAUCGUUGACGCUUGAUGAUAAUCAGUCCUGAUAGGAAAAAUGUCUGAUCAUCAGACGUUCCAUAAAAAUUGCACUAGGACCCUGUGUCAGAAACUUUCAAUAUAAUAACUGUUCUUCUGUGUGCUUAACUUUAUCAGACAGAGUUGGUUGUUGUGCAGGAAGACAGGAUUAGCGUGUGCCCAGGUUAUGUCCAGAAACAACAAAUUUCUUCGGCCACACCCUUCCCUCUUAACCCAAUCCUUUACUUACAACUUCCUGGCUUCCUUGAAGUCAAGCUUCAAUAAAUCCACUUGCCAGGUGAGUACGGCUCUUCCUGCUGGUGAGUGUGGUAAGUGGCCAACCCUUCUUCUAUUUUUGAAGCUGGAGAGAAGAAUGGGGAUUGGGGAUUAUUUGGCACAUUCAUGGCUGGGCAAAAUUGCACCCCUCCCCCUUCAUUGAUAGUGAGGGAGCAGCAGGCUUUGUUGCCUGUCUUUAGUAAGCAUAAUCCAAUGGGGCAUAGUUCCUAGGGCAAUCAGCCUUUCUGUUGGGAAAAAUGGGGCAGAUGUAGGGAACAUUGGAUUCUAGCACUUAAAAGGUGCUCCAAAUGCCUUUAGGCGUUAGAAUCCAAAGGAUGCAGGGUUUCCCCUCCUGGGUUUUCCCAAGGGGAAUGGGGGCAGGCAGGAUCAGCAACUACAGUUUUUCUCUUGGCUAGCCCACUGCUUGAAGUAUACAAGUAAGGAAUGGCAGGAAACAAAGCCAAUAGAAUAAAUGGAAGGAGGAUUUCUCUCAGUUGCUCCUGAAUUCGGACACUCCUACAUUUCCUCCCCAGGAGAAAAUUAUUUUUCCAUCUAUUUCACAUACAGAUUUAUGUACACACACAUCCUAAGCUAGAUUCUAGCUCUUAUGUAGUAUAGAGAGUUUUGUUUUAAUUAGUUGUGUGUGGAAAGCAACUCAAAGUUCUGCCCAUCCAGAAGGGAAAGUUAAGAGAGCCACAUGUUUUUUAAAUGGUGAAAAAUUAUUUUUAAAAAAUAUGCUGCUCUUCCCAAAUCAGAAGACCUGUGAGAAAAAGGAAAAUAUAGCCAGUUAUUGGUAAUUUUGAUCCCUAUGUGUUUGUCAACCUCCUUAAAAAUGCAAUAAAUUAAUCUCUUAAGUGAUUUUUGAACAUUUCUAUACAUUUUUGUAUGUUUUAAACCUGAAUUGUGUAUUUUGUAAAGCUUAAGUUUUAUGUAAAUAGAUUGUGUUAGGAACAAUUCAAUUUUAUGUUUGGAUUUUUUUCUUUAGAAUGUUUGUUCACAUCAGAAAAUACUGAAAAUCUUGCUUUUUGAUGGUUAUCUGGAGAAUAUUUUGUGUUUAAGAAGUAGUUUGUUUGCAUUUGUGAGCACUGACAAAUAAAGUAUGGUAAUGCUGUCGUA